CGCCGCUGCCAAGCCCUGACGGUACCUGAAGAUAAGGAGGACGCACUGAAGAGGGGCCAGUUCUUCCUCAAGAGCCGAUUGGGUGGACUUAUGUAGGGGAACGGGUCACGGGUUAAAGGUCAUCUGGAGGUUUAUCUCCCAGUGAAAGGAUGGCGGGGGUGAAUGGAGACCGUAAAGGGAAGAAAGAUGACAAUGGGAUUGGCACAGCCAUUGACUUCAUGCUUUCCAAUGCUAAGCUUGUGCUGGGAGUGGGAGGAGCAGCCAUGCUCGGCAUUGCAACACUUGCUGUCAAAAGAAUGUAUGACCGUGCUAUAAGCGCUCCCACCAGCCCCACCAAUAUGGAGCCGACGGGACAGAGAAGCUGGGAGGAGCCCGCCUGGAUGGGUUCGUCACCACGGGUACUGAACCAUGACAUGAAGUCCACAGUUAGCAGGUCUCUACAGUCUCUGCCUACUUCCUCACAUGCUUUUGAACCAGACUGUCUGCGGAGGGCUGUGGGUCGAGCUGCUGUGGGAGGCAGCGGUGCCACUCAGUCAGACCGGCAGCGGGCCCGAAUGCGUUUGUCCCUGCAGGAACAUCUGUGGGAGUUCUACCAAAAUAAUGUGAACAUCCCUGCUGAGGAGCAGGCUGUAGCCAGGAGGGCUGCGCUGGACAUCUGCGCCGAACUCCGAGUGUUCCUUCAUGCCAAACUGCCUGACAUGCCCCUCAGGGAGAUGUACCUGAGUGGCAGUCUGUAUGAUGACCUGCAGGUGGUGACAGCAGACCACGCCCAGCUCAUGGUGCCUCUCAUCUUGGAGAAGAACCUGUGGUCGUCCAUCCCCGGGGAGGACACCAUCAUGAACGUCCCGGGUUUCUGGCUUGUCCGCCGGGAGAAUUUGGAGUAUUUCCCGCGGAACAGCAGCUACUGGGACCGCUGCAUGGUCGGAGGCUACCUCUCCCCUAAAUCAGUCCUCGAGGUCUUUGACAAGCUCGUGGCUGGCUCCAUCAACUGGCCAGCUAUAGGGAGUGUCCUCGACUACAUCAUUCGCCCUGUGGUUCCCUCGGAAACGCUGACCCUGGAGGUGCAGUACGAGACGGACCGGAAACUGUACGUGGACUUCCUACCGUUACUCGUGAUGGAGGACGGAACCUCGCUGAUCGCCAAACCACAUCGACUCGCUGCGGAGCGCCACGAAAACCUGUGGCGGCAGAGCUUCCGUGUGGCUGAGACGGCGCGCCUCAGGGCCCUGGACCAGGAGGACGGAGGCUGCCGGUGCGCCUGCCUAAAGCUGGCGAAGGCCGUGUGCAAGCUCAACCCUGCCCUUAACCGACUGAACGCCAGCCAACUCACCAACACCAUCUUGUUGCUGUGCGAAAAAGAAGGCGACUGGACCCAGGAAGCGCUGGCCGACCGCUUCCUACAGCUGCUACGAGCGCUAGUGGGACACCUAGAGGCCGGGAGGCUGCAGUGUUCCCUCAGCCCUAAAGUUAACUUAUUCUGUGAGCUGACUGACCCAACAAGAAGGCGGCGACCCGGAAGCGCCGAUACACGCUCUCCUACGCUGCUACGAAGCCAGUGGACAGCUAGAGGCCGCGCUGCAGCAAUUCCCUACAACCUCAAACUUAACUUAGAUAACCUCACCAAACAGUAA